GUCUUAGUGCUUCUGUCCUGGCUGGCUCUCAGCUCUCAGACGGCAAUAUGAGGCUGACAUUUGGGAUAUUCCCCAAGGAUGGCCUCAGUAUGUCCCUCUCCGGAGUCACCAUGGCUCUCUGUACCCUCACCCUGCUUCUAGUGGCUCUCAGGGGCCGCAAGCGAGAGGGUGCGGGACACCCCAAAGGCACCCUGCCACCGGGGCCGACCCCCUGGCCCCUGGUGGGUAACCUGUUCCAGAUGGGCGACCAGAUCCACCUGUCCCUGACGCAGCUCCGGCUGCAGUAUGGUGACGUCUUCCAGAUGCGUAUGGGCUCCCUUGUUGUGGUGGUGCUUAGCGGCUAUGCCACCAUUAGGCAGGCGCUGGUUCGGCAGGGCGAUGCUUUUGCUGGACGCCCUGACCUCUUCACCUUCUCUGCCGUGGCCAAUGGCACCAGCAUGACCUUCAGUGAGAAGUAUGGCCCCGCCUGGGUGCUCCACAAGAAGCUCUGCAAGAACGCCCUACGCUCCUUCUCGCAGGCAGAGUCGCGGGGUCCCGACACCACCUGUAUGCUAGAGGAGCACGUGUGCGCUGAGGCAGCUGGGAUGGUGGAGGCCAUUUGGGAGCUAUCAGAGGCGAGCGAGGGGCUAGGUCUGGACCCUGUGGUCCCGCUGGUUACGUCGGUGGCCAAUGUGGUGUGUGCUCUGUGUUUCGGGAAGAGGUAUGACUACAAUGACAAAGAGUUCCUCACUAUUGUGCACAUCAACAACGAGGUGUUGCGGAUCUUCGCUGCAGGCAACAUGGCCGACUUCUUCCCUGUGUUCCGCUACCUGCCGAGCCCGUCCCUGCGUAAGAUGGUCCAGCACAUCAGCAGAAUGAACAGCUUCAUGGAACACAACAUCGAGGAGCACCUGGAGACCUUUGACAAGGACUGUAUACGUGACAUCACAGAUGCUCUGAUUGCCCUCUGUGAGGAUCGGCAAGAGGAUGAAGACACCGCAGUGCUUUCCAACUCCCAGAUCAUACACACUGUCAUCGACAUCUUUGGAGCAGGAUUCGAUACCAUCAUAGCUGGUUUACAGUGGAGCCUCUUAUACCUCAUCAAGUUUCCUGACAUCCAGGUCAAAAUACACCAGGAGAUUGACGACCACAUUGGCCCAGCCAGACUACCUCGGUUUGAAGACAAGCCCAAGAUGCCUUUUACUGAGUCCUUCUUAUAUGAGGUGUUCCGUCACACAUCCUAUGUCCCUUUCACCAUACCACACUGCACCACACAAAACAUCACACUCAAUGGAUACUUCAUUCCAAAGGACACCUGUGUCUUCAUCAAUCAGUAUCAGGUUAAUCACGACAUAGAUCUGUGGGGUGACCCAGACGUGUUCCGCCCAGAGCGCUUCCUGAGUAAAGAGGGAGUGCUCAACAAAGACCUGACAGAGAAGGUCAUGAUCUUCGGGAUGGGGAAAAGGCGUUGCCUGGGUGAUGGGUUCGCCCGGUUGGAGAUGUUUGUAUUCCUGACCACACUGCUCCAUCGGCUGUGUAUCGAGAAUGUUCCAGGACAGGAGCUGGACCUCAGUACCGACUUUGGGCUCACCAUGAAGCCCCGCCCCUACAGGAUCAGUGUCUCGUCACGCCUCUAGAUCCGUCCUGUCCGUUAAGCCAUACGGCACCAACUACAAUAAGGCUACAACUGGCUUGACUGGGCAAGACCUUGCCCACAUCAUCAUAACGCACAGAAACCAUGGAUACUCAGACACCAAAACAUAUUUACUAUACAGACUGAACACAACAUCUUUACCUGGCAGUGGUGUCAUUACCACUGUAAACACAAACACAGUUCCUAGCUGUGAAGAGUCAAGACAGAGUUAAGGCGGUACAAAGUGUGCAAUAGUAUUAAGUAGCCAUAACCAAGGAUUUGUUCACAUCCAUUUCCUCAUUGGUCAUCAAAUGGAUUGAUAUUUCCCUAGAAGUUGUUAAGAUUUUAGUUUAAGUAUGUUAUAUCCUAUUGUAGAUAUUUAAGAUAAACCUAUUCUAUAUGUAACUUUAGCAUUUUUAUGAUAUCUCAGUAUGCAUGUAAUGUUAGAAUAUCUAUGCCUAUUGGAAAACAGUAUUGGUACAGGGCCAUUCCCAGUAUUAUUUGAACUAUUAGGGACAGUGAUUGGUCCUUCCACCUUCAUCAAGUGAAACAUAAUUACAAAUGCCUUUUAUUAAUAUCCUUAUCUGUAGUUAUUAAUUCAACUAAACACUUAGGGAGGGAGAGAGGAAGUGUUGUUUUAUAUAAGUGAUCAGAGCCUUGGGCACUAUGCAGCGUUCACUCAGGGUUCAUUACUACUCAACGCACUCUUCCACCCCCCCCCAUUCAUCUGUAACUCCGGGGUUUUAAGAGAUCUCUUUCUCACUUUCUCUCUCCUUUUCCAUUCCUACUGUAAGUAGAUGCCGGUGAUACUCUGAGAUCAAGGAGAACCACCUUUUUUUAAUAUAUCUUUUUAUUUUUAAAUAUUAGACAGUCUUUGGAUUCUACCAGACUUCUUUCAGAGGUUAAGAUGAAAGAUGAGACACGUCUGUAAAAUUCUAAUUUUGAUGCCGUGAUGUUCUAUUUUAUGAGAUAAAACUAUCACUGAAAAGCCAUGAUUAUAAGUGUUUGAAUGAGAUAUGUUUCUUACAUUAUUGUAACUUGAUUGCCAGUAUAUGUUCCCAGAAGAAUUCCACAGAUGCCACAGCAGUGAAGCCAUUUGAGAGGCAUGUCUUUAUUCAGACGACAAUACACCCCUCUUUCAAAUCCAAUAUUAAUGAUGUCUGUUAACACGUGUCUUGUGAAAAUUACAUUUUUUCAUUUGUUAGUCUUUUUUGUCUUAAUUUAGCAUCUGAAAAGUGUG